ACGUUGUUUAUCUAUUACCACUUCGUCCAUAAAGUUAUGGACAACUAUGGGAAGCAGAUGCACUCGUGGAAGAAGAAGUGGGAAAUAAACAAGGUUCGUUUUUAUUUAUGAAACAAUUUUUUAAUUUAUUAAAAUAUUUUUUUAUUUAUUUAACAAUUUUUUUUUAAAGGUUCCAAAGGGUAUGGACUCCGUCGUCUGGCGGGAGUUGGGUGUGCAUUGGAGUAAGAACGAAGUGAGAGCAACUUCUUCCACCAACUCCACCAACCGCAAGAGCGACCGUAAGGGGAAGGGCAUGUACGUCCAUAACUUGGGUGCUCAAUCUUUAGCCAGUCUGGGGGAUCGCUUGGCGGAAGAAAAUGAGGGGGAGCCGGUUGAUCAUCUCCGCCUAAUAAAGACGGCGUAUACCAACAAGAAGACCGGCGAGAUUGAUGAUGGUGUUGUGAGAGAUGUGGUCACCCUCAUCGACAGUCAGAUGGAACAGGAAGUGUCUCAGCUUCAAACCGAGGAUGACGAUUCGACGGGAUCGACCGGCUUGCCUCGGGUUCGGAUCAACCAAAUCGUAGAAGCGGUAAGUUCAUUUUUUAAAGUUCAAUCCAUUUUUUAUAUUAUUUAAAUUUGACACUUUUUUUUCAGUCGGUUCCAAAGAAGAAGGGCCGUUUGUUCGGUUUGGCUCGUCGGUCCAACUUGGUUCCGUCUGC